AUGUCUUCCCCAUUCCCCGGUGGCUAUCCGUCAUCUUCAGCUCCCACUCCGCAGUCGUCAUCACUACCCACUUCCAGACCCGUCGUCGACCCUUUGGCAUUUGACAACGUCCGCGGACUUCGUGGUUCUCCCGCUGGGGUCGAAGAGGCCGAAGAGGAGGGUACUGGUGGUCGUAGAGGUCCAGGAAGGCGAGCGAGAUUUGAUGAUGUCGCAGAUGUCCCUCGAGUGAAGGACGCUACAGGGGAGAAGGUUAUGGAGAGUUUUGCUCUUUUCCUCGAAAGUUUCACAGAACAUAUCGCUUUGCCAGACACUCCAGGAUCUAUGAACGCUCCCACCCCUCGACCAACAGCAGCAGAAGAGAAUAAAUUUUACGUCGAGCAAAUCAAAGCUAUGAAAGAAUUCGAACUAACGACUCUUUAUGUCGAUUUUGGUCAUUUACUCGAACGUGAAGAAGUUUUAGCUAGAGCUAUCCAAUCACAAUAUUAUCGUUUCCUUCCAUAUCUUCGUAGAGCUUUACAAUCUUUGAUACGUCGAUACGAACCGACUUAUCUUUAUACUUCCACUUCUUUCUCUACUACUCAAAGUACUUCUUCAUCAAGUCUUCAAACAAGGGAAUUCAAUAUCGCUUUUUAUAACCUUCCGUUGACCAAUGGAAUUAGAGAUUUGAUGAUGGAUAAAAUAGGACAAUUGAUUUCAAUCUCUGGAACUGUCACACGUACUAGUGAAGUAAGACCUGAAUUGAUUUCUGGAACUUUUGUUUGUGAAGGUUGUGGAAGUACUAUACGUGAUAUUGAACAACAAUUCAAAUACACAGAACCCAUUAUGUGUCAAAAUUCAACUUGUAACAAUAGAACAGGUUGGCAAUUGAAUAUUGAACGAUCUAAGUUUUCCGAUUGGCAAAAAGUUCGUAUUCAAGAAAACGCCAAUGAGAUACCAACAGGUAGUAUGCCAAGGUCACUUGAUGUCAUCCUUCGUGCGGAAAUUGUCGAAAGAGCAAAAGCAGGUGAUAAAUGUACUUUUACAGGUACAUUCAUCGUCGUUCCUGAUGUAUCUCAAUUAGGAUUACCAGGUGUAAACGCAGAGAUGAUGCGUGAGAAUAAAGGUGGGAGAGGUGAUGGUGGUGUAGCUAGUCAAGGUGUCACUGGUUUGAAAAGUUUAGGAGUAAGGGAUCUACAAUAUAAAACCGCUUUUUUAGCUUGUAUGGUACAAGCUGCAGAUGCUAGGGCCGGAGCGACGGACGUCAGAGGUGAUCUUGAAGAUGGUAUGGAAGAUCAAGAAGCUUUCCUCAAUACUCUCACUCAACAAGAAAUUGACGAAUUGAAAAAUAUGGUCAAUUCCGAUAACAUUUAUCAAAGAUUGGUACAAUCCAUCGCACCUACCGUCUAUGGACAUGAAAUCGUCAAGAAAGGUAUUUUGUUGCAACUCAUGGGAGGUGUACAUAAACAAACUCAGGAAGGAAUACAUUUGAGAGGUGAUAUAAAUGUUUGUAUUGUUGGUGAUCCGUCAACAAGCAAGUCACAAUUUUUAAAAUACGUCUGUGGAUUCCUUCCUCGUGCUGUAUACACAUCCGGAAAAGCUUCAACAGCUGCCGGUCUAACAGCCGCCGUUGUCAAAGACGAAGAAUCUGGAGAAUUCACAAUCGAAGCUGGUGCUCUCAUGUUAGCCGAUAAUGGUAUUUGUGCCAUUGACGAAUUUGAUAAAAUGGAUGUUGCCGAUCAAGUCGCUAUUCAUGAAGCUAUGGAACAACAAACGAUAUCAAUCGCAAAAGCAGGUAUUCAAGCUACUUUGAACGCUAGAACUUCGAUUUUAGCAGCUGCCAAUCCCGUAGGAGGUCGAUAUAAUCGUAAAAUAUCUUUUCGACAAAACGUAGCAAUGAGCGCUCCUAUAAUGUCACGAUUCGAUCUCUUUUUCGUUGUUUUAGAUGAAUGUAACGAAGAAGUAGACUUACAUAUCGCUCAACAUAUAGUAAAUGUUCAUAGGUAUAGAGAUGCUGCUAUUUCACCUGAAUUUAGUACAGAAGCUCUACAGAGGUAUAUUAGGUAUGCUAGGACUUUUAGUCCAAAGCUUACACCGGAAGCUUCGGCAGUUUUGGUUGAUAAAUAUAGAAGUUUGAGACAAGAUGAAGGAGGACCUGGGAAAAGUAAUUUCAGGAUCACGGUGAGACAGUUGGAAUCGAUGAUUAGACUUUCGGAAGGUAUAGCUCGUGCGAAUUGUCAGAAUGAGAUUACACCUGCCAUCGUACGAGAAGCAUACUCCCUCUUACGUCAAUCUAUCAUUCACGUCGAACAAGAUGAUAUCAAUUUCGACGAGGAAGAAGAUAUCGGUAAUCAUGGUACCGUACCUGGGCCAGAUAACACUCAUUCGACUGAUGAAGAAACGAUGGACGCUGCGGAUAUAGCAGCUUUGAACGCUGUUGAAUCUAGUUUCCAACAGAGGGGAACAUCAUCUGGUCAAGCUCAACCUAGAAAGAUGAGGAUCACCUAUAAUCGUUAUAUGGAAAUCAUGAACCUAUGUGUACUUCAUCUUUCCGAUGUGGAACGUGAGACGGGGAUGGGUAUAGAUAGAGAAGAACUCAUACAGUGGUAUCUCGAACAAAGAGAGAUGGACUUUGAAACUGAGGAGGAUUUGGAAUAUGAGAGGGAAUUGAUAGCUAAGGCUUUGGUGAAGUUGGCCAAGGAUAAUUACCUACUUGAAAUCCGUGGAGAUGUUCGUGAAGGUCUGGCACCUUCGACAGAGGGAGAAGAAUCUAUGCAAUCUGCCGCUGAUUCAACUGACAAAAUUUAUUAUGUCGUCCGUGAGUCAUCAUAA